CCCCAUUCACAGGACAACUCUUACCUGCCCAACCGCCGCCCCAGCCAACAGCUCAGCCAACUGCUCCUUCCUGGGCUCCACGCCCGGAGCUGCUUCCCGACGGUGCAGCCUGCAAGGCAUCACAGGGGCCCCGCGCUACUGCCCUGCUCCCUCAACGUCCCAGGUCCCCUCCCCCAGUGCUGAUCAUUAACCAGGAGGCCGUAUAAGGAGCUAGUGGCCCUGGUGAGAGGGAGGGACACAACUCUGCCACCAUGGACAGUAGCACCUGGAGCCCCACGACCACCUCGGUCACCCGGCCUGUUGAGACCCACGAGCUCAUUCGCAAUGCAGCUGACAUCUCUGUCAUCGUUAUCUACUUCGUGGUGGUGAUGGCCGUCGGACUGUGGGCUAUGUUUUCCACCAAUCGUGGAACUGUUGGAGGCUUCUUCCUGGCAGGCCGAAGUAUGGUGUGGUGGCCGAUUGGAGCCUCCCUCUUCGCUAGUAACAUUGGAAGUGGCCACUUUGUGGGGCUUGCCGGGACCGGAGCAGCUUCAGGCAUCGCCAUUGGAGGCUUUGAAUGGAAUGCCCUGGUUUUGGUGGUUGUGCUGGGCUGGCUGUUUGUCCCCAUCUAUAUUAAGGCUGGGGUGGUGACGAUGCCAGAGUACCUGCGGAAGCGGUUUGGAGGCCAGCGGAUCCAGAUCUACCUUUCCAUUCUGUCCCUGCUGCUCUACAUUUUCACCAAGAUCUCGGCAGACAUCUUCUCGGGGGCCAUAUUCAUCAAUCUGGCCUUAGGCCUGAAUCUGUAUUUGGCCAUCUUUCUCUUAUUGGCAAUUACUGCCCUUUACACAAUUACAGGGGGCCUGGCGGCAGUGAUUUACACGGACACCUUGCAGACGGUGAUCAUGCUGGUGGGGUCUUUAAUCCUGACUGGGUUUGCUUUUCAUGAAGUGGGAGGCUAUGAUGCCUUCAUGGAAAAGUACAUGAAAGCCAUUCCAGCCAUGGUUUCUGAUGGCAACAGCACCUUUGAGGAAAAAUGCUACACUCCAAGGGCCGACUCAUUCCACAUCUUCCGAGAUCCCCUCACGGGAGACCUCCCAUGGCCUGGGCUCAUCUUUGGGAUGUCCAUCCUUGCCCUGUGGUACUGGUGCACAGAUCAGGUCAUUGUGCAGCGCUGCCUCUCAGCCAAGAAUAUGUCUCACGUGAAGGCCGGCUGCACCCUGUGUGGGUACCUAAAGCUGCUGCCCAUGUUCAUUAUGGUGAUGCCAGGAAUGAUCAGCCGCAUUCUGUACACAGACAAAAUUGCCUGUGUCGUCCCCUCAGAAUGUGAGAAAUAUUGCGGUACCAAGGUUGGCUGUACCAACAUCGCCUAUCCAACCUUAGUGGUGGAGCUCAUGCCCAAUGGACUGCGAGGCCUGAUGCUGUCAGUCAUGCUGGCCUCCCUCAUGAGCUCCCUGACCUCCAUCUUCAACAGCGCCAGCACCCUCUUCACCAUGGACAUCUACACCAAGGUCCGCAAGGGAGCAUCUGAGAAAGAGCUCAUGAUUGCCGGAAGGUUGUUUAUCCUGGUGCUGAUUGGCAUCAGCAUCGCCUGGGUGCCCAUUGUGCAGUCAGCACAAAGUGGGCAACUCUUCGAUUACAUCCAGUCCAUCACCAGUUACUUGGGACCACCCAUUGCAGCUGUCUUCGUGCUUGCUAUUUUCUGGAAGAGAGUCAAUGAGCCAGGAGCCUUCUGGGGACUGAUACUAGGAUUUCUGAUUGGGAUUUCACGUAUGAUUACUGAGUUUGCUUAUGGAACCGGGAGCUGCAUGGAGCCCAGCAACUGUCCCACGAUUAUCUGUGGGGUGCACUACUUGUACUUUGCCAUUAUCCUCUUCGCCAUUUCUGUCAUCACUAUCGUGGUCAUCUCCCUCCUCACCAAACCCAUUCCAGAUGUGCAUCUCUACCGUCUGUGUUGGAGCCUGCGCAACAGCAAAGAGGAGCGUAUUGACCUGGAUGCAGGAGAGAACAUCCAAGAAGUCCCUAAGGAGACCAUUGAAAUAGACACAGAAGUUCCUGAGAAGAAAAAAGGAUUCUUCAGGAGAGCCUAUGACCUAUUUUGUGGGCUGGAGCAGCAGAAUGCACCCAAGAUGACUGAGGAAGAGGAGAAAGCCAUGAAGAUGAAGAUGACGGACACCUCUGAGAAGCCUUUGUGGAGGACAGUGGCGAACGUCAAUGGCAUCAUCCUGGUGACCGUGGCUGUCUUUUGCCAUGCAUAUUUUGCCUGAGUCCUGUAGAUUCACCAUGGCUGGACUCUUCCUCACCUCCCUUUAGUCUCAUCCUGUGGUGUUGAAGGGAAACCAGCCAGUUGUAAAUUUUGCCCAGGUGGAUAACUGUGUACAUGUGUAAUUAUAGGCUAGCUAGAAGAAAAUCAUUAGUUUGCUGUUAACUUAUGCAUUUGAAGCCAGUGUGAUGCAGCCAUCUGUACCCACUGGAGCUGCAGAAGGACAGUCCACUCAGUCACAUCCAGAAAAAGGCAGACUAAGAAUCAGAAGCCAUAUGAUGUCUGAUGUGAGUCUGUCUCAGGUAGAUUCCGGGUGUCAGUGUGGUUUAUAAUCCUUGAAUAUUGUUUUAAGAACUUUGGUCUCCCUGGUUCCUGCCACUUUUUCUGUCCAUCCUCCUCCCCAUUUUUUUUAAAAAGAAAACUAUUUUCCCCCAUCAUAUCCCUCUCGAGUUUUGCCUGGACUUUCCCUCUCAAGUGUGUCAAUCGGAUAAACUGAGGAAUGCAUGGAAGCUGAGGAUGGAGCUUGAUGGGCUCCCUGUCCUGGGUGUUUGCUCUUUGAAGUGGAGGCCUGAGGAAGUUAGUACUUCCACAAAAGGGAGGGACUUGGGUCCCAGCCUCAAGCUAGUUGGGGAGGCAGAUAGCCUAGUCCAGGGAAUUUUCUGGGCUUCUUAAAAUGUCCAUUGUGAGUUCCCUGUGUUUGGGAUUCCACUCAUUUUGGCAUUCACAGUGCCUGGAAUGUCUUAGAUUUUCAGCAAUGCUUGUUGAAUAAAUGAAUGACACAGGCAUUUAUUUAUAAAUCUUUGCUUUCUUUUUACAUAAGUCUGGCCCUUAGUUAACCUUUUUGUGGCUACACAAAAUACGCCCACUGGUUACUAAUGACUAAUGACUUGGGAUGCAUUUGUCAAACUGAUUAUAUCAGUUUUCUAGGGGUGUCAUAACAAAGUAGCACAGACCAGAUGGCUCAGGCAGCACACAUUUAUGUUUUCACAGUUCUAGCCACUAGAAGUUGGAGCCCAAGGUGUCAGCAGGGUUGGUGUUUACUGAGGCCUCUCUCCUUGGCUUGCAGGUGGUCAUAUCUCACUGUCUUCCACAGCCUUCCUUUUGUGUCCUAAAUCUACUCUCUUAUAAGGACAUCAGUCAUAUUGGAUUAGGACCCAUCCUUCAUUUUAAUCACCUCUUUAAAGCCCCUACCUCCAAUACAGUCACACUGUGAGAAACUGAGGGUUAGGAAUUCAGCAAGUGAGUCUUGAGGAGAUAGAUAUUAAACAAACCCACAACACAGAUAAAGUAUGCAUUUUGGGGAUUUCCAAGCCAGAGGCUCCCGUUAAAAAGGUAAACUGAGGCAGAUAUUUUGCAGCAAAAGGAAACAGAAUUACAAACUGAACAUACAUGGGUGAGGCAAGGCGGGGGGUGGGGGGCCAAGGCCUUUGGGUAGGCUGAUCACAGGGUUUUUCAACAAUAAAUCACUGGGAAUGCGUUUGUUGCUCCCAGGACCCUGGCACCUUGACUCCGGGACUAUAGCACGUCAGCAAAUACAAGUAAAGCCCAGCACUCUGAUUUGCACUUAUGCCAAUCUGAAAUAUCUGGUGUUUAGUUUGAUUUUUUGAGUGCAGGUUCAUUCAAGGACCAGCCUUCCCUUGUGCUCAGGGUGAAGUAGAACCAGAAAACAUUAUUAUCCAUUCCCAGAAGUCUUGGAAGAGCCUUAGUAGAAAAGCAGAAGCUGCUUUGACUGUGAAAAUAUUUGAUUCCUGUCAGUUUUUGGUCAGAAAAUAUCCACCUAGACCAACCUGAGGAGAAGGCUCAGAGUACAGAUAUACUCUGAGCAAUGUGAUCAAUGUCCCUGAACCUUCAUUUUUCAUCUGAAAACAGAGAUAUAAAUGCCUGACUCACAGAUUUAAAUGUUAUACAUUGAUAGCAUUUAUCAAUAUAACAUUUAUUUAAAUAAGUAGGUGCUCAAUAGAUGUUGGUCUUCUAACUUUCCAUCCCCAUUCCAGGGUCUUCAGAAUUGAAAGAGAGAUGUUGUAUCACUGUUAGAAGGCUGCCUUGGGAAAUUCUGCAGCAGGGAGGAGUGAUUCUCAGCCCCUACACCAUGACCGCCAAGUUCCUCACCUUGGCUGAGUCCCUAAAUCCCUCUGAACCUCAGGUUCCUCCAAGCACAAUGCAGACUUCACAGAGCUGUUGUAAAGAUUAGAUGAGGUCAACUGAUACUGCUUAAAAGGCCUGGUCCAUAGAAGAUGCCCAAUAAACAUUACUGCUUUCCCCCUCACCCUAUUGCCUGAAAAAAUAUACCCAUGAGACUGACUUUGAGGACCAGUGUGGGCAGGGGGUUGCACAUAUAAAAUAUUUUAUGAGUACCAAGCACAAAAAUCAAGCUGGUAAAAUAUCAGGCCUUGCCCCAGAAAGAGAAAUACCACAUGAUCUCACUGAUAUGUACAAUCUUAAAAAGUCAAACUCAGAAGCAGAGAGUAGAAUGAUGGUUAUCAAGGGCUGGGGGAGGGAGGGACUGGGGAGAUGCUGGUCAAAUGAUACAAAGGUUUAGUUGGGUGGAAUAAGUUCAGAACAUCAAUUGUACAAUAUAUCAGUUAUAGUUAACAGCAAUAUACCACAUACUUCAAAAUUGCUGAGAGUAGUGUAAGUGUUCUACCACAAAAAAAAUGUGCGGUAAUAGAUGUUAAUUACCUUAAUUUAGUCAUUCCACAAUAUGUACAUAUAUAAAAACAUGUUGUAUGCCAUAAGUAUAUGUAAUUAUUAUUUGUGAAUUUAAAAAAUAAAAAUAAUUUCCAAAAAA